AUGGUGGUGCUGGUGGUGGCCACGACGUCGGACCCGGCGUCCAUUGGGCCCGCCGCCGCCUUCCUCGCCAUGCCCGGAUGGUGCCCCGGCCCGCCCAUCGCCGAGGGGAUGGAGAGUUUUACUAAUGGGAAUGUUCGAUUAUUGAAGCAUGAACGUAGCAUUAUCGCAGAGGAUGAUCUUGACCAGCGAUGGCAGGAAGCCACUGGAGAGUCUGUUUCUGAGGUCAUAUUCCUCAGCAAACACACUGCAGUUUCCAAACGUCCAGCACUCACAGUGCAUCCAAUCGGUGUUCCGCAUCUGAAGGAGGAUGAAACCCCACCCCAAGGAGGGAUUCCUGGAUGGGCAGCAAUUCCAAGUCCUCGCAUUGGCCCUUGGCUCCGGUUGAUGCAAAAGAUAGCCGCAGAACAAGGCCUCGUUCCAGAGUUUGAGAUUACGCUUGAGGCUACUCAUCAUGGACCAGUUACCAGCACACCCACCAUGUUUGUUGAGAUAGGAAGUACAGAAGACCACUGGGCUAGGCAAGAUGCUGCGCAGGCAAUUGCUCUAGUUCUAUGGAAAGGGCUUGGUCUGGAGGAUGGAGAUGCUGUUGGAAGUUGGCAAGGGAACUGUGAAAAGGUUCUACUAGGUAUAGGAGGUGGUCACUAUGUUCCUCGUCACAUGGAUAUUGUCAUCAAAGAUGGUGUAUGGGUCGGUCAUUUACUCUCUGGCUACUCCUUGCCAAUGGAUACGCCCCCACAAGUAAAUGGAAAAACUCCUGGAGAGGUUACUGGAAUGUGGAAGCACUCCAUCAAAGCUUCCUAUGAAGCCACAAAGGCAGCAUUUCCUGGUGGUGAAGUUAUCGCACAUCUUGAUCACAAGAGCUUCAAGGGCUGGCAAAAAAAUGCUGUCACAUGCUUUUUGCAGGAGCAGAACAUUAGGAUAGGAAAGCCUAGUGAUUUCUUCUGA